AUCUCACCCCCACACCUUCUUAUCUCUCUCUCUCUCUCUCUCUCUCUUCACCCUAUCACAAUAUCUCACCCCCACACCUUCUUAUCGCUCUCUCUCUCUCUCUUCACCCUAUCACAAUAUCUCACCCCCACACCUUCUUAUCGCUCUCUCUCUCUCUCUCUCUCUCUCUCUCUCUCUCUGUCUCUCUCUCUCUCUCUCUCUCUCACUCACUCCCUCUCUCACUCUCUCCCUACCUCACUCUCUGCCUGUUCAUGUUAUUAUCGUGCUUGUCCUUGGCUGUGAAACGACAACAAGCCGAGCAGCCAACCAGAGAGCAGGAUUUAGACUGGAUCAUGGUGCAUAGUGCUGCGGGGACAGAUAGCUGAUGUAAACAUGCCUGAAGUUCCACCUGCAGAGAGCUCGAGCGAACAGCAGCCAGAAAACACGCAGAGGAAAAGAACGUUAGAGAACACAGAAGAUUACACCGCAAAAAAGAAACAACGCUGCUGGGGUAUUUUAACUAGCCAAGGGUCAUGGGCGGACCGGUCCCCUCUCCACGAAGCAGCGUGUCAGGGCCGUCUCCUGGCCCUCAGGACCCUACUCUCACAGGGUUACAACGCAAACAUCCCUACCAUAGACCAUGUGACGCCGUUGCAUGAGGCUUGUCUGUCAGACCACGCGUCAUGCGCCAAGGCGCUUAUUGCAGCUGGUGCCAAUGUAAAUGCCACCACCAUUGAUGGGGUGACGCCACUGUUCAAUGCCUGCUCAGCGGGCAGUGCCACCUGUACAGAAGUACUGCUGGAAAACGGUGCCAAGCCCCAGUCGGAGAUGUGCCAGCCCUCGCCCAUACACGAAGCCUCCAGCAAAGGCAGAAGUGCUUGUCUGGAGUCACUGAUCACAUGGGGAGCAGACGUGGACUAUGAUAUUCCUCACCUGGGAACCCCCCUGUACAUCGCCUGCAUCUCCUCAGGACUCCAGUGCACACAGAAACUCCUCGAUGGAGGGGCCAAUGUGCAGAAGGGCAGGUUCCUGGAGAGCCCGCUCCAUGCAGCAGCUCAGAAGGACUGUCCUGAGAUUAUCAAUGUGUUGUUAGAGUUUGGAGCGAACAUUAACGCUAAAAACCUAGAGCUGAAGAGACCGGUGGAGUCAGCCCCACCUAACAGCUCAGCAGAGGAGACGUUACUGCUGUAUGAAGCAACACCUCAGCCACUAUAUCAGCUGUGUCGUCUCAGUGUCAGAGAUUAUAUGGGCCGAUCUCGACUACACCUCAUCCCUCAGCUACACCUCCCCAACCUUCUCAAACGCUUCCUCCAGUACAGAUAGAACACAUCAAUGCUCUCUCUCUCUCUUUCCCUCUCUCUCUCUCUUUCUCUCUCCCUCUCUCUCUCUCUCUCUCUCUCUCUCUCUCUCUCUCUCUCUCUCUCUCUCUGUCUGUUGCUCUCUCCCUUCUCUUUCUCUCUUUCUAAAUGAGAGCAUCGUCAUAAUAGAGGAUAUUCUUUAUCCCAUCCUCUCUUUUGUUUUCUCUCUGUUUCUCGCUCCAUCCAUUUCAUCAUCAAGUGAAUUCAUUAUUUCUCAAUGAACCUCAUUUAAAAAAAAAAAAAAAAAACAGAACCUCAAAUGCACAGAAACCCUCCCAUUCACUGACAUCUGUUUUCACUGUUUCUCUGAGGCACCUACGUACAAGGUCAUGUAAAUAUGUAUAUUCUGAUACAUUGACCAAAACAUGAGUUUGAAUGUUCAAAAGAACUAAAUAUUAACAGUGUACAAUACUGUUUUAUCAGUUCUAAUGACACCCCCACUGCAGUGAUCGUUGUGAUCCCAACUUGUCAGAAAGUUGCCUGUAAAGAUGUGUACUGGUGUAAAUCAUGUUUUUCUGCAUAAUACUAUCUAAGUCAAGUUGAUCACCUUGCAUGUUACUUUGGUUUUGUGUCCAAUAUUCCUGUCCACGCCAUACGUUUAACUGCCUAAUAUUCAUUGACCCAAAUAAUGAAAGGGGCCAUUGCAUGUUUAAUGUAAUGUAUAACAUAUAAUGUACUUUAAUGUACACAAUUCAUGUUCAGUCAUCUUGUUUGAAUAAGCUGCCUUUAUGCUAUCAAUGAUGCAAACAACAUACCAUCAUGUACCUUAAUGUACAGUGUUAUCUUGUUUGCAUCAUUGGUAGCAUAUAUAUAUAUAUAUAUAUAUUUCCCCUUAUUUUACCUGGUAAGUUGAGUGAGAACACAUUCUCAUUUACAGCAAUGACCUGGGGAAUAGUUAUAGGGGAGAGGAGGGGGGAUGAAUGAGCCAAUUGGAAGCUGGGGAUGAUUAGGUGACUGUGAUGGUAUGAGGGACAGAUUGGGAAUCUAGCCAGGACACCGGGGUUAACACCCCUGCCCUUAUGAUAAGUGCCAUGGGAUCUUUAGUGACCACAGACCACACCCAUUUAACGUCUUAUCCAAACGACGGAUAUAUGCAGCUCAUUCAUUACACAUUGAGAUGUGUACAUUAAAGAUUCAUUGACUCUGGAAAAAGUAAAAAAUAUUCAAAAUUGUACCCAUGAUACUCUGAUUGUGUCUGUCCUAUAUGAGGCUCUUAUGAUGUGAAUAAUAUUGUAUUUCAAUUAUUGUCUUAUAACAUUAGCCAACUAAUAUAUAUAUAUUAUAUAUAUAUAUAUUAAUGUGACCUGUAUAUGUAUAACUCACUGAAAAAUGUAUAGUAUUUUGCCAAAACUCAUUUCACAUACCUCUCACCUGUUUCACUCUAAUAAAUAAUCAUUUUAUUCCAUGA